AUGUCACUGGACAUCUUCGAGUCGCCGUUCUCGCAGCCGGCUCCAGACCCCAGCAGCAACAAGCGGUACGUUCUGCUGUUUGUACAAGACGGUGUGUUCGUGUUUGGCCAGCAAACAAGCACCGGAUUACGCAUAGUGGUUGGUGCCACCAGAGUGGAGAGCGAACUGCCAGACGAGGGACUUAACCCCGUGUUUUCAGAUAUACAGCGAGCAUAUUUAGGCGUGAUCUGCAACCCGUUCAAGGCUGUCGAGUCCGAGAACGAGGAGAUCUCGAACGCUGCAUUCGACCGCAAAAUCAAAGAGUGUGUGCGAAAAUGGGAGGCCAAAUGGGACGCUCCGCCCGCCGCACCGGCUACUUCAGAACCACAUUAG